UUGGAUUGAUGGCUGUCAACUGUACUUCCUCAACUCAAAUCCCAAUUCAGAAAUAUGGAUCAUUUCUCAAGUACCCAAACAAAGAAUUGAUGUCCAAACGCAGCUUUGUCCCACUGAAAAGGGCACCAGUACUGAGGAUCACAGCAUCCAUCAAGAACAAGAUUUAUGAAGAUCGCUCCCAGGGCAUAGUCUGUUACCAAGAUGAGCAUGGAGAAAUAAUUUGUGAAGGGUAUGAUGAAGGGCCUUGUUUUCAAAGAAUUCCAGAGCCAACCUAUCAUCAAAGAAGUUGUGCUGAGUUCAGAGAUGCCCAAAUCACGAAUCUUCUUCUUCGACAAAGUUGGCUUCAGAUUGCUAAAGGAGGGAACUCGAAUGAUGCUGUUGAAGGUGUUCGUCUGCAAGAGGACAUUAACUGCAAUGGCUUUAACUCGCUCUGCUAAUUACCUGAAUCUGAUCCUUUCACGCGCAAAGAUCCCCGCAAUAGUUACUACUAUACCAUGCGUCACAAAGGCAUGAAUAUCACAAAAAAAAAAAAAAAAAGACUGAAUGGUGAAUC